AUGUACGGCUCUGGUUUGUCCUAUUCCUAUAGUCGCUAUCGUCCUACGUAUGACGACGCAACCGAUCAUUUUGUACGUAACCCUGCAGGGAGCGGGAGUUAUAAUAAUAACAAUAAUGCAUGGCACUCGUACCCGUGGACCAGCAGCUCCGUGCGACCUCCAUCAAACACACUAACAACUACCACCAAAACAAACGCCCUCAGUUCACGGGCGACCGAUGUCUCCAUGGCCAACCCAUCCUCAUCGCAAACCAAUAACCCCUCUGCUGCAAGAAGAACGAGAUACGCACGUUCGUCCACGACCAGUGUAGCGCAACUACUCAGUGAUUCAUGUUCGAGUUUAUUGCAAAAGUUAACGACCCGUGUCAGAGGACCUUCCGCAACACUAGAAAGAACAUUAGCCAAUGCAAGCGGCGGCAGUAGCGGCACUUCAAGCUCAAGUUCAAACACGCACGCCCCGCUACCUUUGCAAACUAGUAAAAGUUCCACGGUUGUGCCAAAUUUAGGACAAUGCAGGACCAGGCUCGAAGACAAGUACUCUUCUGUCUUGGACCGAAUUUACGGCAGACGGAAGGAUCCGGAAAAAACGAUCGAGCCCUCGAUGGGCAGAACUUUACAGAAAAGUUCCACUACGGCUAACGUGUUGUUGUCGGAAAAAGCGUAUCCCUAUGUCAGCAGUAACAAUCCGCCAAGAGAAAAAACUCCAUUUAAAAGCGAUCGAAUAUCACAAAAAUGCAAUGCGUAUCCAGAACCACCUUAUACUUAUUUGGAUAGAGAUUCGGCGUACAGGAUACGUCAUAAGUCGAAUCAUUCUGAAUUAAGACCUCGUAGAUCAUCCAAACCGCAACGGCAAGGCAAAAGUGAACUAAACGACCGAAAAGUGGUGACCAAUUUGAAACUAUGCCCUGUCGAAAUUCCCUUAAACGACGAAUUAUACCCGCCAAGUUCAACAUUAAAUCAUUCUAAAUUGGAAGUGGGCACAGGGAGAGAUUACGAUAAUGAUUUGACACCCACGCCAUCUGCUCCGGACACAGUGUCAGAAAGGGAGGCAAAAAGAAAAGAAAUUCAAAGUUUGAUAAUGAAAUAUUCCGCAUUGGACGAAGCUUAUAACCGGGUGCAUUCAGAAAAUAGCUACACUGCAGCUGCGGCUGCCGCUCCAGAAGUUACAUCAUCCAGUGCUAAAGUGGUGAAAAGUGCAAGUACAAACGUGGUAGCACCUUCAGCCCCCCCGCAGCCAAGCGUGGCCGCUGCCAUAACAAAGAAAUACUACCCCAACUUAGUAGCGGCUAGCUCGCGUACGCCCUCGGUGGAAGACGACGAAGAAGGCCACCUCAUUUACCGAUCGGGAGAUAUUCUACAAGACCGAUAUAAAAUUCUUGGCACUCUUGGUGAAGGAACUUUUGGCAAAGUAGUCAAAGUGAAGGAUUUGGAAAUGGAUCAUUCCAUGGCACUUAAAAUAAUAAAAAACGUCGAGAAGUAUCGCGAGGCUGCCAAAUUAGAAAUAAACGUCCUAGAAAAACUCGCGGACAAGGAUCCUGAAUCGAUACAUUUAUGUGUUAAAAUGCUGGAUUGGUUUGAUUACCAUGGACACAUGUGCAUUGCUUUUGAAAUGUUGGGAUUAAGUGUUUUUGAUUUUUUGAAAGACAAUAAUUACCAGCCCUACCCUCUGGAGCAAGUCAGGCACAUUGGCUACCAACUGUGUUAUUCUGUGAAGUUUCUACAUGACAACAAACUAACACACACUGAUCUCAAGCCUGAAAAUAUUUUAUUUGUAGAUUCUGAGUUUGAUUUAGUUUAUAAUAGUAAAAAGAGGAGAGAUGUAAAAAGAGUAAAAAGAACUGAUGUUAGGUUAAUUGAUUUUGGCAGUGCUACUUUUGACCAUGAACACCACAGUACAAUAGUGUCCACGCGUCACUAUAGGGCACCAGAAGUAAUUUUAGAAUUAGGAUGGUCGCAACCCUGUGAUGUUUGGUCUAUUGGCUGCAUUUUAUUUGAAUUGUACCUUGGAAUAACCCUUUUUCAAACUCAUGAUAAUAGGGAACAUUUAGCUAUGAUGCAAAGAAUUCUUGGAGAAAUCCCAGUUAGAAUGGCCCGGAAGACAAAAACAAAAUAUUUCUAUAGAGGAAAAUUAGAGUGGGAUGAGAAGAGUUCUGCUGGUAGAUAUGUUAGAGACAAUUGUAAACCUUUAAUGUCUUAUUUGCAGAGAUACAAGCAACAUGAUGAUACUGAGCACAACUACUUAUUUGACCUAAUAUUCAAGAUGUUAGAAUAUGAACCAUCAGAAAGGAUAUCUUUAAAAGAAGCCAUGCUGCAUCCUUUCUUUGAGAAAAUUCCGUCUCACCAGCGUCUUGGUGAAAAUGGAGCCGGUGAUCUGCAUAGGGAUAAAUCGUUGACACGAUGA